CUUUUGGUCCAGUAGUUGCAUGUUACUAUGCGCUUGCAAAAAUCUGUCACAGCUCUCCUUCGGUACCUUGCCAACAGGAGCGACGCUUAACGCGAAGCCCUGUUUGUCGAUAAUUUGUCGCAUUGGAUUGGUUUUGGCGACGGCUGAUUUGAGGGCUCAGCUUCCCACCGUCUGCUGCUCCGCGGUACAAAGCUGAAGGAGGGGAAUCGUUUGCUUUUUUAACAGCUGACAUCUGUAAAGUUAUUUGACUUAUAUCCAGUCUGCGGCGCAGGGUUUUCUUCUUUAAAGUUUCUUACAACGUCGACUGGCAGCAGAAAGACAUGAGAAAAACCAGGAUGUUACUUAAACCUGAAAUGCGCAACCGGAGCCUCUGGCAGGGCUCGUGCCAACAUUUUACGCGGGCACAGCGAUGCAAGUCAGUUUCACUUUCAGGAUGGGAAUACUCCAGACACAGCUGGAACAUGACUGCAAAAAAUAAUCUGUAUCCUUUUGCAUAAUUUAUUUCCCCUGCUGCCUCUGAGUGUGGGGCUCAAUGGAACAGCUAGAAGAGGAGCUUACAUGCCCGAUCUGCUGCGGUCUCUUCGAGGACCCGCGGGUCUUGUUGUGCUCUCACAGCUUUUGCAAGAAAUGCUUGGAGGGACUAUUAGAGGGCUACCGAAGUCCAGCCUUCAGGACACCCUUCAAAUGCCCCACAUGCCGCAAAGAGACCCCUCACAACGGCGCAAACAGCCUGCAGAUCAACUAUUCCCUGCGCGGAAUAGUGGAGAAGUUCAGCAGAAUCAAGGUUCUGCCCAAGAUGUCUGUUUGUAAACAACACUGCGGACAGCCGCUCAAUAUAUUCUGCGCCACCGACUUGAAGCUCAUUUGUGGAUUUUGCGCAACGACGGAUGACCACCGAGGGCACAAAUUCAGCUCCCUGGAGGACGCGUAUGAGCGGGAGAAGGCGGCGUUUGAAGAGCUGCGGAGCGGAGCGGAGAGCUGGCAGAGCGCAGACAUCCUGUCCCGCCUGGAGACACUGCAAGCCAGUAAGAAAAAGGCGCUUCAGUCGGUGAGCAAAGACGCAGAGAAGGUGGCAGACUAUUUCGACAAACUCAUCGGCUCCCUCGAAUGUAAAAAGAGCGAGAUCCUGUCCGAUUUUGAAACACUAAAGCUGGUGGUGAUGCAGGCGUACGACCCGGAGAUCGCCAAGCUUAGCGCAGCGCUGGAGGACCAGAGACGGGCGCUCAGCAUCGCGGAGUCCUUCAGGAGCGUCUCCGACCCCCUGUGCUUUCUGCAGCAGAUGCAGGAGUUCCGAGAGAAGUUGGGCUUCCUGAAGGAGACUCCGCUGCCCUCCCGGAAAGACAUGGACGUGGGUCCGCUCGUGCGUAAUUUCGAUGUGAAGAAGUGGGAUUCACUGAGGCUCAGAGAAGUGGACAAGAUCUCAGUCCCCCAUGAGAGCGGCGCCUACAGAACCGGGGAUUCGCGGAUGACGGUGCCCAGAUGGAUGAAAGUGUUCUUCAGUUUGUCGCUGCUCCUGUUCCUCCCCCUGCUGCUGCCGCACAGCCUCCCAGCUAACAUGACCUCCAAGAUCGAACCGUUCCUCAGCCACACCGGUGUGUACCUGCGGGAAAUGACUGACAUGUGCACAAGUUUGAUGGUUGCAGGUCAGGAAGGCAUCGGGAGGUUAAUUGACUCCACCGUCCACUUUAUUGGCAGCUGUGAGUUAUUUUAACACUCAGUCUGUGGCAUCUCACCUACACAAUCAUUCUCCAAGUGAGAUGCGCACAACUAGAGAAUACAUGAAGACACCUCAUUGUUUACCAAGUAUUUUUUCUCUCUCUCGCUUUUUCUGCACAAGCUGUAACCUCAAGUGGAGCCAUAGAAUCAAACAGAAUCAACCUUUAAUCCUCAGGAGGUUGCAGUUAGACGCUCGAUCACACUAUCUGCCACGAAUGUGAAAUCCAUUCCUUCUUUUUCUAAACACUAUGACAAUUUUUAUACGUGUCCAAGAUUAUCUUGACGAAUAAAACUAAGAAAUUGAAGUCA